AUGUCCAUAAAAUAUGAGAAAUGGAUAGCUCAACAUGGAAUCUCCUAUGAGAAUGAGGAAGUAAAGGAAGCCAGGUUUCAGAUUUUUAAAGAUAAUGUGCGGCAUAUUGAAAAGCAUAAUCAAGAAGGGAAUCACACGUACAAGCUUGGGAUAAACGAAUUUGCAGAUCUAACAAAUGAAGAGUUUUUGGCUAAGUAUGCAAUAAGUUCCAUGUCAUCAUUUAAGGUAGUAUCAUCGAAUCAAUCAUCGUUUGAAUAUAAAAAUUUGAAAAAUGUAGCACCUAGUCUUGACUGGAGAGAUCACAAUGCUGUCACUGCGGUUAGGAAUCAAGGAAGUUGUGGAUGUUGUUUUAUAUUCUCAGCCGUUACUGCUCUUGAAGGCUUAGAAGCCAUUCUAUCAGGCAACCUAAUUGAAUUAUCAAAGCAACAUAUUUUAGAUUGCAAUUACGAUCACGAAGCCUGCAAGGGAGGAAGACAAGAUCAUGCUUUUGAAUUCGUCAUAAAAAAUGGAGGUCUUGCAUCUGAAAUCGACUAUCCUUACACUGGAAUUCCAGGAGCAUGUGCCAAUAACAAACCAUCUUCUCUUUCCUCAAAGAUAACUAGCUUUGAUUGGGAGUGUGAAAGUAAUGUAAAUCAUGGGGUUGCAGUAGUUGGUUAUGGCGAAAGUGAAAGAGUUAAGUUUUGGUUGGUUAAGAAUUCGUGGGGUACAGGGUGGGGAGAGGAUGGAUAUGUGAGACUGCAGAGAAAUGUAGAUGCUAAAGAAGGCAUGUGUGGUAUUGCAAAAUUUGGUUGUUAUCCCAUUGUGUAA